UAUCAUAUUAAACAUUAGGCUGAUCAAUAAUGUAAUUUCUUCAAUUAUAAUAAAUGAUAUUAUCCUUAUUGUUUACUUUAGUAAAUUGGAACUUUCUUGAUACGAUUUGUAAAUAUUAUUUUAGUUAGUCAAUUGUGUUGUAACAUCAUUACAGAAAGACCAGUCCUUAAUGAACUUCCAAACAAAUAAGAUGGAAUCGAGCGGAAUGUUUAACUGUGUAGUCAGAGUAAAAAGUGAACCUAUUGAUGUGUCAUAUGCUGAGAAUGAGUAUAAUAGUAUUGACGAGACCCUCGAUGAUAAAAAUUUUGAAUUUUCCAGAUGUCCACAAGAAAACCCAAUUCACGUGCUUCGGAAAUCUGACGAAAGUCACAAAGGUGAACUUGACGAGUUGGCGAUCGAGUUGGAAUGUAAAGAACAGAAGCCCAAAUUUGAUUUACUAGCGGUUACGAAGAUUGAAAAUUCGUUUCAAAAUCACUCGCAGCAUAUGGAAGAUGGAAAUGGUCAUCGAGUUCGAGGUGAAAUUAAAAUAGAAAAUUCGGGAGCUAUAAAAAAGGAAUCAUUCGUGGACGACGCAAGCCAAUUGAAUGUUGAAUUAGACCGUGGACUCGGUGAGCCAAAUGAAACAAGCCGUGUUACAAACAAGUUGAGCGAUAAACGUAGCCUCAAAACGCGCAUCGGAACGGCGCACAAUGGUUUCACCGACACUCGUGAUCUUUGUAAAAAGACUUGGGGAACUAAGAGUAAUCGAAAAAAACAUAUUGAUGCGGUACAAAAUACGAUCCCUCACGCAUGUAGUAUUUGCGGAAACAAAUUCGCACGAAAGAGUAAUCUGAAAAAUCAUAUUGACGCAGUGCAUAAUGGAGUCAGAUAUGCAUGUGAUAUUUGCGGAAACAAAUUCGCACGAAAGAGUACUCUGAAAAAUCAUAUUGACGCAGUGCAUAAUGGAGUCAGAUAUGCAUGUGAUAUUUGCGGAAAGAAAUACUCUCAGAAGGAUCAUCUAAAAGAACACAUCGAUUUUGCGCAUCAUAAAAUCGUACAUGAAUGUGAUCGUUGUGGAAAGAAAUUUUCAGUCAAGAAUAAUCUAAAAAGACACGUCGAUACCGCGCACAAUGGCCUUAGAUACGCAUGUGAUAUUUGCGGAAAGAAGUACUCACAGAAGAGUGGUCUCAAGAAUCACAUAGAUGUAGCGCACAAUGGUAUCGCCCCUAUUUGUAAGACAUGUGGUAAGACAUUUGCACGACUGGCUGUUCUCAAACGCCACAUCGAUUCGGUACAUGAUAAAAUCAUUCAUGAAUGUGAUAUUUGCGGAAAGAAAUACUCACAGAAGGGUGAUCUCAAGAGACACAUGGAUGUGGCGCACAAUGGUGUCAGAUAUGAAUGUAAUAGUUGCACAAAGAAAUACUUGCAUAAGAGUGUUCUCAAGAAUCACAUGGAUGUGGCGCACAAUGGUAUCAGACAUGAAUGUAGUAGCUGCACAAAGAAAUACUCGCAUAAGAAUGAUCUCAAGAAACACAUCGAUGUGGCGCACAAUGGUGUUAGAAAUGCAUGUGAUAUUUGCGAAAAGAGUUUCUCAGAUAAGAGUUAUCUCAAGAAACACAUCGAUGUGGCGCACAAUGGUGUCGCUCAUACUUGUGAUCUUUGUGGCAAGAAAUUUUCAGAGAAAUGUAGUCUUAAAAACCACAUCGAGUCGCUACAUAUUGGUAUGACACAUGCAUGUGAUACAUGCCAAAAGGUAUUCUCAUACAAAGGUAAUCUCAAGAAGCACAUUGAUUCUGUGCACAAGCGAGUCAGACAUGCAUGUGAUCUUUGUGGGAAGACAUUUUCACUGAGGGGGACUCUCAAGAAACACAUCGUUGUGGCGCACAAUGGUAAUAAAUAUACAUGCGAUGUAUGUGGAUCAAAAUCCACAACGAAGAGUAAUCUCCGAAGACACAUUGACACAGUACAUAAUAAGAUCACUCAUGCAUGCGAUACAUGCGGAAAAUCAUUUUCACUCAAGAGUAAUCUCAAGAGGCACAUCGAUAUGGCGCAUCGCAUGUGACGCAUUAUGAGUCAUAAUCGUGACUCGUUAAAAUUAAAAAUUAGAUUUAAUUGUUUUAUUUCGGACCAUUUGAUUAAAUUUUUAAUCAAUUAAAUGCAACACUGAUUAUGACUCGAUAACUAAAAAAUUUACGUUCAAUUUUAUAAAAAAAAAAAAACAAAAUUUCCAUUUGAAGGACUAAUUUAAACAUUUUUAUGUAUUAUGUAUUAUAAAUUUUUUCUCAUUGUAUAGUACGUUAUCUCAUUACGUUAUCAACUGCGAAGUAUUAAAAAAAAAAUUAACACAUUUUUUAUAGGAAAAAAACUACAUUUUAUUUAUUGUAUAAAAUUUAUCAUAACCUAUCUAUUUUGACACUUUUCAAAGCUCCGUGUACUCGAGGCACCUUAACCCAUUAACGACCAAAAUGCUCGAUUUUUUCGUUGGUUUUCGCAGCGAUUUU